CCCAAUGUAUAGAUACAGAAAAUCUGUAUAUAUACACCCACCCACCCCACUCCACGCCACCCCGGAGACGCAUCUUACAUUACAUUACUUAAAAAGACAGGGACAGAAGCAGAGCACACGCACCGCCAAAUUAUAUAUAUACCUAUCGAAGGUUCCCGCGCUUAUGCGUCGAAUCGAUCAGAUGUGAACUGGAAAAGGGGAACUCGAAGACGAAGACACGAAGUUCAUCGCCGCUGCAGUUGGGAAACGAUUCAACUUUGGGGGGAUUUUAAUUUAGGGAUCCUGAAUUUGGAGAAGGAUAAUUAUGAAGGCGAUGGAGAAGCUCCUAUUGAAUUCGAAUUCCCUGACGGCGAGCAAAUCGAAGCCGAAAGUGUUAGUAUGGCUGUUUCUGUUCGUCUCAGCUACUUAUUUGGUCUACACAUUGAGGCUGCUUUCGUCUCCUCACCCGCCUUGCGACGACGACGGCGGCGGCGUCGUUUUCCUCAAUAGCCGCCGCGAUUCCGUGAACGCCUCAUCGCCGGAGAAAUUCGCGUCUCAAUCGAAACAAUCGGCGGAACAGAGCCUCGCCACGACCGGAUUAGAGCACAUUGUCUUCGGCAUCGGGGCGUCGGCGAAGCUGUGGCCGCGCAGGAAGGAGUACAUAAAGCUGUGGUGGAGACCGGAGAAGAAGAUGCGGGGAACCGUCUGGCUCGACAAGCCUGUCAAGGCUUACAGAAACGAGAGCCGGAGCCUACCGGAAAUCAGAAUCUCCGGCGACACUUCGCGCUUCCCGUACAGGAACAAGCAGGGCCACCGCUCCGCCAUCCGUAUUUCCAGGAUCGUCUCGGAGACUCUGAGGCUGGGAGGAAUGGAUGGCGUGCGGUGGUUGGUGAUGGGCGACGACGACACGGUCUUCUUCACGGACAAUCUGGUUAGGGUUCUGAACAAGUACGAUCACAAUCAGUAUUACUACAUCGGGAGCUCCAGCGAGAGCCAUUUGCAGAACAUAUAUUUCUCCUACAACAUGGCUUACGGCGGCGGCGGCUUCGCCAUUAGCUAUCCUCUGGCCAAGGCACUCGAGAAGAUGCAGGAUCGGUGCCUCCAUAGGUACCCUGGUUUGUACGGAUCCGACGACAGAAUGCAGGCUUGUAUGGCUGAGCUCGGCGUUCCACUUACCAAAGAGCUUGGUUUUCAUCAGUUUGAUGUUUACGGAAACUUAUUCGGGUAUCUUGCUGCACACCCUGUUGCUCCAUUGAUCACAUUGCACCAUCUCGACGUGGUGGAGCCAAUAUUCCCGAAUACAACCAAAAUACGAGCGCUACAACGGCUGCAAGUCCCAAUGCAGCUUGAUUCAUCAGGCCUGAUGCAGCAGUCAAUUUGCUACGACAAAACAAAUCAGUGGACAAUAUCAGUUUCUUGGGGGUUUGCAGUUCAAGUAAUCCGCGGGGUAUUGUCUCCUCGUGAGAUGGAGAUGCCGUCAAGAACCUUCUUGAAUUGGUACCGGCGAGCUGAUUACCAUGGAUAUGCUUUCAACACAAGGCCAUUCGCGAGGAACCCGUGUCAGAGACCCUUUGUUUUCUAUUUGUCAAAGGCUGUAAUGGAGCCAAACACGAAUCGAACCUUCACCAAGUACACUCAUCACCGCGUCCCUCAUCCUCUAUGCAAGUGGAAUUCGACAGAUCUGGAGGAGUUUGACAUGGUGAAGGUUUACAAAAUGGUUGACCCACAUUUAUGGGAUAGGUCUCCGAGACGAAACUGUUGCCGCGUAAUGAGCAGCGCAAACAAAAGCUUGGCCAUCGAAGUCGGCGUAUGCGAGGAAGGUGAGAUCAGUGAAGUACAUCGAUGACUCGCCAACCAUGUUUCAUGCCUCAGAUUUAUUAUUAAUAAUAAUAAUUAUUAUUAUUAUUAUUUUUUUAACAUUCUCUAAUGCCAUGGAUAUCAGGAUUAUUCAAUUUUAUCUGUGUAAUUAAUAGCUUUCUGUUUAUUUAUAGAGGCUUGGGGCUGGUGUAGGCCCUUGCAUUUCGUUACUAAUUCAGGUUUCAGGCAUGAAAACUGGGAAUACAUGUGUAUCUAUAUUUAUAACAUUAAUGUUGACACGUGGUAUUUCUAUUAAUAUAUAGAAUAGGGAAUUAUAUA